AUGGCUAGAAAGAAGUCUGCUGCCAAAAAGGCAAGAGAGGCCGCUGAGCAAUCUGAUAAACCGGAAAUUACGAAAAAUGUAGAAAAAACUGCAGAAGCUCCUCAAAGAGUUCAAGAACAAGAAUACUCAGAAUCUGAAUCAGGCUCAUCUGAUGAAUCCGAAGAUGAAUACGGAGAACUUAUCACUGAGGGGAUUGAAAAUGGUAUCAAUGAGGUUUUAAAUGCCAUCAAGACAAAUCCCAAAAGUCUCUUGGAUCCAAAUGUAAAAUUUUUCAAUGAUCCAAUUGCUGUUGGUGGUGAGAAGGUGAAGGGAAAAGAAGAUAAGCCAAUCUAUUUAAAGGAUUACCAUAGAAUGAAUUUACUUUCUGGUGAUUACAAGAAUGACGUUGAAGAUGAAGACAAUGAAUUUGGCACCGUAGAUGGUGAAAAACCAUUCGUAGUAACUGAAAGAGAAGACAGAAACAAAUUACUUUCAGACAUCAAAAAUGCCUUCAAUGAUGACGAGGGAGAUGAUGACAGUGACGACGGAUUUCUUAAGAAAAAGGUUGCUAAGACUAGACGUGAGCUUUUAGAUGAGUCUACUGGCAGCUUGCCGGAUCCUAACAAAGACGAGAACGAAUUCUUGAGUGCUUUUGUUGAUAAGAAGGCAUGGAUCCCCAAGGAGAAUGAUAAGGUUAUAAACUUGGAUAGAGUUGAAGAUGAGGACGAUGAAGACUUUGACGAUGCUGUUGAACAAUUCGAACACGCAUAUAAUUUCAGAUAUGAAGACCCUAAUGCUGCAGAGAUUGUUUCAUAUGCGAGAAAUCAGGCUACAUUAAGGAGAUCUGCUACGAACAGCCGUAAGAGACAGAGAGAAAAGGAAAACGAAGAAAGAGAGCAAGCUGAAAAGGAAAAGCAAGAGCAUUUGAAAAAGAAAAAGAUAUCCAAGGUUAACGAAGUUGCUGAUAGACUAAAGAAGAUAAAAGAAGCCGUUGGCGAUGAAGUGCCUGACGAAGUGAUUGAGAAAGUGUUUGGAAACUCGUUGCUAAAUGAUGACUUUGAUGAUACCGAUUGGGACAGCAAAAUGGCUCAAAUUUUCGAUGAGCAGUACUACGAGGUUGAAGUAGCAAAGCCUGAGUGGUCCGACAAUGAAGAAGAUGUAGAAGUUGGAGAAGAGGAAAUGGACGCAGAACCACCUGUGAAGAAAUCUAAGAAGGAUAAGCUCAAGGACAAAAAGACAGCAAAGAAGGAAAAGGAAUCUAUCAAGGAAAAGGCUCAAGAAAUUGUAGAAGCCAACACUUUGAGAUUACUCGGCGAAGUCGUAGAAGAAAGAGGUCGGUCAAAGAAGAAGGACGUAGAUGCAGAGGUGAAGUUCAAGUACAGAGAAGUUUCUCCAGAGGCAUUUGGUUUAACAACAAGAGAUAUUAUAUUAGCUGAUGACAAACAAUUGAAUGAAUUCAUAGGGUUGAAAAAAUUUGCACCUUAUAGAGCAAAGGAAUUGAGAAUGAAGGAUAAAAGAAAGUACACCAAGUCUAAGCAUUUGAAAGAGUGGAGAAAGGAAACUUUUGGGAAGUCCAGAAAAGCGCCUGAAGAAGUUGAAGGUGACGGUAGCAUAUGGGUUCCAGUUGAAGGUGGUGAAGAUGUGGGAAGAAGCAGUAAGAAGGAUAAGAAGGAUAAGAAACAUAAGAAGAGCAAAAAAUAG